GCUUGCUAACUUUUACUCGAAUUAGCGUUAGAUUUUGCAAUUUUGUCUUGACUGUUAAUUGUUUGUAAGUGUUAUCGUUGCAGAACGUCUUUCAGGACAGUUUGUUUGAUGUUACUUUCUCCCAUUUUCCUGUCGACGAGUAGUUGAUAUUUAUGCAAGCUGUUUGCAGGGUUGAACCUCCUUUGAUUUCCUGUACAGUGCGAACACUGUCCACAUUUAAUGACUGAUUAAUGUGAUGCUCCACAGAGGACAGAUGUGAUGUCUGCCUCUACAGUCACUGAGGAUGUGGAGGAUGAUGUGGAGUUUGUGUCUGAGGGUCCUCUCAGACCGGUGUUGGAAUGCAUAGACCUGCUGAGUGACGGAGAGGAUGAGGGUGGCAUGUCUGCCGCACACACCAUUGAGGAGCAGGUCGACCGGCAGAGAGCUCAUGCUAUGUCAACACUGGACAGACUGGCACGUCAAGUUGCUGUGGAAAAGAUGGAGAGGCUUGAAAAGUGCAAAGCUUUUAAGGAGAAAAUAAUUUCACAGCAAGCACAUGGGCGGCGCGAGCUGUCGGUCAGCCACAGUAACAGUGGCAGUAGCGAUGCCAAGCGCUGUGUGGAUAUUUGGCUAAAAAUGCCAGAGUUACAGCCAGGCACCGUGAACUCCAGCUCACAGUGGAGACGCAGAUCAGCUCCCGCUGCAGCAAGAUGUUCCCCUCAAACCUGCCCGGUCAUCAACUGCCACAGAGUCUAUGACAAUGUUCCUUUGCUCGAGGGUCACCUUAAAAGAUUUGAUCAUUCACCCUGUGAUCCCAUGAUUUCCCUGAGAGGCAGUCCCACUAAUUUCUAUGCCUGUGUGGCCUGUGGAUGCUAUUUUCCCUCCAAACUGGCAUGGAAGGACCACGUGGAAUCGAAGGUGUCUUUCCCUGACACUGAUGGUCACAGCCGUUCCCAGAGCUAUCAGCUGAUUGUCUGCUUUGCAUGUCCUGCCUGUUACCUCCUCUUCAACAGCAAGGACGAUUGCCUUCAGCACAUGUCUGCAAAAAAACACUUCACUCAGUCCAUCACUCUCUGUGACACAAAACCAUCACCCAUGCCUAUACCAGUUCCACGGUACGCAAAGAACCGCUUGAUCGCUCUCUGUAAGGACGUUAGCUUCACUGUCAAAUGCACAGCCUGCUCUAAAGUGCUCACCUCCCAUAUGGAGGCAAGAGCACACUUCAAUGUGCAUUGCAAUCACGGCUGCGCCAUUGUCACUGCUGAUCAGAGCGUGGCUGACAUCAUGCAGACGAUGGCGGUCAUGGGUCAUUGCUCCUCAUGCCCCAAGCCUUUUUUUAGCUUGGUUCAGAUGGAGGAGCACAAAGAUCUCCUGAAACAUGAGGUGAAGAGAGUGCGCAGCAUGGACAGGGCCCUUCUGUACUACAGCAACUACAGUGAAAUCCAAACCGCUCAGAAGGGCACGGCAUGUGGGAGCAAUUCAGAUGGGCCUUUAGCUAAGCGCAAAAGACUGUCCAGCAUAGAUUCCCAAGCCAAACCGAACAAAUGGUCGCGGCUCGCCUGGUUCUGUGAGUGCGGCCUACGCUACACAGAGGAGGAUCAAGUGAGAAAGCACCUCCAAGCCGCCAAUCAGAUCUUUCACAAAUGUGCUGUCUGCGGCAAGCUAAUGGGUGAAUCGUCUAUAGCGCGCUUGCACAUGAGCCGGUUCCACGGUGGAGCUCAUUUGUCCAACUUCCUUUUCCACUGCAGACAAUGCAAGGUGGAAAUGCCAAGGUUGGAGGACAUGAUGGCCCAUGUUGGCGUAAGCCACAGAGGCCACAGCUACUACCAAGAAAGAGAAGACGCAACAGACGACUGCAUCUCAACAAGUAUGUCCCCCAAACCGUCCACCAGCGCAGAAACCAAAAUGACCCGGCCGGACAGUUCCUCUUGUGUCCCGCCUCCCAAAUCCGAGUCCUGGCUUUGUCGGAUGUGUGAAGACCUUUUCGACUCGGAGGCGGUGGUGCGGAAACACUGCAGUGAUUUGAGCAGCCACAGUUUCCAGAGGUUUGCCUGUGGCCACUGUCCGCAGAAGUUUUUCAAGGACUCCACCCUGCGGCGCCAUUGCGCCAACGAACACGGUGGCGACAUAGUUCUCCGCUACUUCUGCGGGCUGUGCGAUAGCAUGCUCUACGACACCGAGGAAGAGUUUCAGGAGCACUACAACAGCCUGCACAGCCAAGAUUACUACUGCUUGGAAGCAGCUCCGAAUAAUUCCCAAGCUGCCACGGAAAACACAGUUGAGAGUCCAAUAGCGAGUACAAACCCUCUGCAGCUCUGUCUUUGCAUGCACUCUAACAGAUCCAAGGAGGAAAGGAAACCUGUAUUCACAAAGUGCAUGAAACAGCUGGCCGCUGAAAAUAAAUGCAGUUACCGCUGUCGCCAGUGCGAUAAAAACACGCCCAGCUACGCCGAGAUGAAGACGCACAUCCUCCUGACACACAAGACCCAGGGCAAUGAGAAGAGUUUUGAUGUUCUGUGCAUGAUUUGCUCACAGAGCCACAAAGAUGUACCCAGUUUCCAUGCACACUACCACAAGCAUCACUGCCAGUCAGAACCUUGCGCUUCUUCUCGACCCAGCAGUGCAGACGAGAAACCGGCCGCCACCACCAGCAUAAUAAAUGCAGAGGAGAUCUUCCCUCAGAGUAAUGUGGAGGAGUUUCAAGAUGUAAAGAAUGCCAUUACCUCAAGUAUUCUUGAUGUUAAAAAAGAGGUGACUGUUUCACAAGAUGAUGAUAAAUUUGAUGAGGACAUGAAACUGGCUUUGGCUUUGAGUGCAGAGGAGGCCAGGAAAUCAAAAGAGCUGGAUAUUGGUAACAAGUUUAUAAUCUUGACAUAUUUUGUGAUACUGCUACUAAAAACCUUAUAUUUCUGUUAUUUCUGUGUAGAGGGUGUACUGUAUUUUUAUAGUAUGUCAGAGCUCAUUGAGAGUAUGCGGUUCUUUUAUUAAUCAGGUAUUUAUUUUGCCAGCUUUACAUGCAUGAAGAGUAUUAUCAUUUUGGGUAUGUUUCAUUUUUGUGGUGUUUGGACUCAGUGUGAUUAUUUACUGCAAUAGCUGGGAUUUUAAGCAGGUUUCAUCAGCACAUGAAUGGUGCUGGGUUUUAUGGGUUGGGUGUAACCGCACAGAUGUUGAAUGUUGUCACUGGAGCAGCUUCACAUUAGUAUGAGUAAUCACUGGCUCAAAGACUUACAAAUCUGCAUACUUAAACUUGAUCUUUACAUGAAUGAGGUUUGUUAUAAUAAAAUAAAUAAAUAAAUGUGUCUUGUUUUUUUUUUCCUUCUAAUUUUUGCAUUCUCAUU